CCUGCUGAAUCCAGCGGGAGCGCUAGUUUGCCGUCAAAUAAAUCCGGUUUGAGGACGGACUCAGUGAGCUGAGCUCCGGACCCGCUGGUUCCCUGCAACCUACCAUGGGCCGCGGCUCGGUUUGGAGAUAAACAGCUGUGGUGAUUGAAUUGAUGCCCCGUGUCCCAUCAGCUGAUUCUGACUGGCACCAGUCAUGAGAACGCAAUGGACUUGGUUCCCUUGGGCGCACUGCCAGGACAGUGCCUCCCCUGGUCCGGACCAGGAGAGGGAGAAGCGCUGGGCUGAGCUGUUCCAUCAGCUGGACGUCAACAAAGAUGGACGCAUCGACAUCCUCGAACUGCGGGCAGGGCUGGCAGGCAGAGGGCUUUCCAGAGGCUCCCUGGAGAGGUUCGUGGAGGCCGGAGACACCAACAAGGAUGGAGUACUGGACUUUAAAGAGUUCACGCAGUAUCUUCGCACCCAUGAAAAAGAGCUCAAAAUCAUGUUCAGUAACCUGGACAGGAACAAUGACGGUCAAAUAGAUGCAGCAGAGAUCCAGCACUCUUUGCACACCAUUGGUGUGGAAGUUAGCCUCGAGGAUGCCAACAGGAUUCUGCAAAGAAUGGAUAAAGAUGGUACCAUGACCAUUGACUGGAGUGAGUGGCGAGACUUCUUCCUGUUUAAGCCUCUCACGAACAUGGAGGACGUAGCGCGCUACUGGAAACGCUCAAUGAUGUUGGAUAUAGGUGAGCAACUGACAAUCCCAGAUGAAUUUUCUGAGGAGGAGAAGAAGUCUGGCUACGUGUGGCGGCAGCUGAUGGCCGGAGCCAUUGCCGGAUCUGUAUCUCGGACAGGGACGGCCCCCUUAGACCGCCUCAAAGUCUUCCGAAUGGUUCAGGGUUUCAUUGAUUUUAAAGGGAAUGUGCUGAGCAGUUUUCAGUACAUGGUUAAAGAAGGAGGACUGCGCUCGCUGUGGAGGGGCAAUGGAAUCAAUGUGCUUAAAAUUGCCCCGGAAACUGCUAUCAAGUUCACAGCUUAUGAACAGAUCAAGAAUGUGAUGCGUAGCAGAAAUGAAACAAGAAAUCUGAGGAUUCAUGAGAGGUUUGUUGCCGGCUCUUUGGCCGGAGCUACAGCUCAGACAGCCAUCUACCCAAUGGAGGUGCUGAAGACCCGUCUCACCCUAAGAAAAACAGGCCAAUUCUCUGGAAUAGCAGACUGUGCCAAACAGAUCCUACAGAGAGAAGGUGUAGCUGGCUUCUACAAGGGCUAUCUUCCCAACCUUCUGAGCAUUGUCCCUUACGCCGGCAUCGACCUGGCUAUCUAUGAGACUCUGAAGUUCGCCUGGCUGAACAGGAACAGAGGUUUAGCUGACCCAGGGGUCAUGGUGCUGGUCGGCUGCGGUGCCGUUUCCAGCACCUGUGGACAGCUGGCAACUUACCCGCUGGCACUGAUUCGCACUCGAAUGCAGGCACAAGCUUCAGUGAAGGGAGCCCCAAAACCCUCUAUGGUGGCCUUGCUUCACCACAUCGUGACCCAGGAGGGUGUGGCUGGACUUUAUCGAGGAAUUUCCCCCAACCUGCUGAAAGUCAUCCCUGCUGUCAGCGUGUCCUACGCUGUCUACGAAUACAUGAGGAUAAUCCUGGGAGUGGACAUUGAGGGUGGUAUAUAGAGAAGAUACAAGAUACAAGAUUACUAGACUGAUCCAACUUCCUGUCCUGUAAGCGAGGGGGACCUGAAGUCGCUGCACACAGUUCGGACCUUGAUUGACACAUCUUAAACAAAUGUUACAAAUACUAAAGUACAGGAAAAAAAGUGUAAAUGACUGAACUUAACUCUCAAUUACAACUGAAACAGAGGACUGGUGGAAAAAGGACGAGACACUGUCAAUCUACUUUCUCCUGAAAGGAUUACCACUGAGUAAAGCACAACUUUAUAUUCUACAGGAGUGGAACUGCCAAAGCCAUAUCAAGAAGCAGAGAGGACUCAUGAUAACCUCUCAUGCAACAUGCUCAUGUUUUAUUAAUGUUUCUAUAUUAACACAGUAUUUUCAGAAACUGUAUAUGCACAAUGUGCAGGUUUAACACUGUGGAAAAAGUCUGUAUCAUGAAACAAUAAGAAAUUUGAUUUAAUGCCAUUGAACUUUUUUGAUGUCUCAGUAUUUAUUAUGGAAAGUACCAAUAAAUGCAUCCAUGGUGCCGCUUGAUUGAUAAAAUGAUUUUGGUUUGUUUGGUUUUAGUUUGUAAUUCCCAAAUACUUGGUAAUAUAAAUAAGUUAAUGUUGAUUUGCUAAAAGGACAAACUACUUAUUAUAAGUUAAUCAUGUUGACUUACUACCUAUUGUUUUAAAGGAAUACAUAUCAUUUGUUAUUAUUGCUAAAAAUGCAAUGCAGUGACUCAGAUAAUGUAUGAAAACUUUAUCCGCUGUCUUUUUAUUUUUACCUCGGUGGUUAAUAAAAUGUGAUU